UGAAAUAGCAGACGACAAAACCGCGUGUUAAGCGAAACAACGCCAACCGGCAGAUUGCUGCGAGCCAUAGGCGAAUAAGCAUAUAAUUGUUGCGAGUCGCGGACUUUGUCGCAAACUGUACGCGAAUCACAUUAAGUGAUAAUAAUUUGUUCUUUGUAUUAAUAAAUAUAAUAGUUGUGUUCCAUAAUCUUUCGUGCAUUUAAUUCAAAUCUGUUUUACGUCUUGUGUUUGCCAAAUCACUACAAAAGGGGAAUAUAUCCGUCGUAGAGAGCCAGCGCACUACGAUUCAAUAUGGAUUCAACGGUCAACAACACUGCCAAUUCACUCAAGCUUCCCGAGAUCCCAGUGAUCCAAAUCUCCGUGAUCUCUAACGAAGGCAAGCAGGUGGAGUUCUCUAACCGACCAUCAGGGCUCAUCGCGUUAUCCAAGACAGACUUUGAAAGCCUUGUAAGCUCGCGACAAGAGUUCUCUGAUCAAUUGAUGGAAGCUCAUAAAACCAUCAACGACCUCCGCGAUAAGCUUUCCGAAACCGAAGCGACUACGAACACUAAUGGCGUUCCCGACGUAGCAACACACUACAAGAUGCUCACUGAACUGCUGCAAGAGAAGCAGAAACUGGCGGAGCAACUGCCGAGAUAUAAAGAAGAGGCACUUCACUUUAAGUCUGAAGCUACAAAGCAGAAGAAGUUGGUCGACUCGUAUGAAAUUGACUACAACUCACUACUUGCCGACUACAACUACCUCGAGAAAUUGUAUCACCGUACACGCGAUCUGUUCCGACACAAAGUCUCUGAAGUAUUUAAAAUGCAGUCAGAACUUCGCGAAAUUCGAAUCAGACCAAGAGCACCAGAAGGAUGUCUCAAUUGUGGGUCACCAGGACACAGCUUCAAGUGUUGUAAAAAAGCAUAUAGCGAACGAUUUUGCCAAAUAUGCGCAAACCCAGAUUUUAGCACCGACGAAUGCCCAUGGCCACACGUCGCAGAUGGAAAGUUCGACGUACCGGAACAUCAACGCUGCAAAGUAUGCAAGAGACCAAAGAACUUGCCUGACGUCAACUGUGGUGAAUGCCGCAGAAGAGUUAUCGAGAUCAAAAUCGCGAAAAGAGACCAGCAGAUAAUAGAGCUCGUCAAACGCACGAUCGAGAAACCAACACUGCAGAACAAAAGAACAUCGCAAAAAGAAACAUGCAAAGUUGACGACGAAGCUUCUAAACCCAGAAGUCCAGUUACGCGAAAAACAUCUCCAGAACUGAUACCUUCAGAGAUCGCUGGAAAUGACUCACGGGAUCCCAGCAGAAUACUAGCACCAUUUGACUCCGAUGACAACAAUGCAGAUCUGUGGGAAACACUUUGUCAAGCCUAUAAGCUUAGCAUCAAGGACGAAGAAGAGUGAAAAUUGCGAAAAUUCGCAAGAGACAUUACCAGUACUUAGAGACAUUUUUAGUUUAAGCAAAUAUUGCUAAGUGCUGUGAAUAUUAUUACUUAUAAGUAUUAUUUUAGUUUUUUUUGUUACUCAUAUUUUUUGCAAUGCUUGAAACGCGAAUUUUCAUACUCCACAAUAUUUUUUAGUUUUAUAUACAUCUUCGCGAUAUUCGAGCACAGUUUCAUAAAAUCAUUGUAUCCUUAUAUUAGUUAUAGAUUUUCUUUAGCGCAAUACAAAAUACUCGCUCCUAGAAAACUACUCUAUUCUUCUACUACAAUUUUGUAUUACAUUACAACCAUUCGUUCGCAAUAAAAUCUAAUACCAUUUUGUAAUCGAUUAACGCAUUAUUCCCCAAAGAGAACGAACGUUAAUAAGCACUAUAAUUUCUCUUAUUUUCAAAAAAAAAAAAAAAAAAAAAAAAAAAAAAAUUAUUUCCAUUUCAUUUUUAAAUUCAAAUCUGAAUAUUCUUUUUAUAUUUCUUUUAACUAAAUAACUUUUACUUAUUAUGAUUGCAAUGACCAAAUAAGGUGAACUAAUAAAAAAAUGUUUUUUUUGUAUGUUUACUAAUUAUGUUCUUUCCAGCGCCGAGAAUCGAAUACAGCAGUGACUCCGAUUAAGUAAGGGGGAUUGUAACGAACCGAAUUAAUUAUUUAAAUCGUCGUCACUGCUCGACUUCGAUUAAUCGAUUGUCGAUCUCUUGAUGCGUAUCGAUUCGAUACUUCUCGCGACUGAAAUAGCAGACGACAAAACCGCGUGUUAAGCGAAACAACGCCAACCGGCAGAUUGCUGCGAGCCAUAGGCGAAUAAGCAUAUAAUUGUUGCGAGUCGCGGACUUUGUCGCAAACUGUACGCGAAUCACAUUAAGUGAUAAUAAUUUGUUCUUUGUAUUAAUAAAUAUAAUAGUUGUGUUCCAUAAUCUUUCGUGCAUUUAAUUCAAAUCUGUUUUACGUCUUGUGUUUGCCAAAUCACUACAAAAGGGGAAUAUAUCCGUCGUAGAGAGCCAGCGCACUACGGUAAGUUCACCUUUUAAAUGGUCAUUAAUUCUGCAGUGCUUAUGAACAUUCUUUCUCUCGCUCUCUACCGCCAGUGUAGCCGCACCUGGAGAAUUCUCGUCAAGUGUUGUUCCUGUGUGUAUUGUGCUUUCCGUCGCGAGUCGAACCCGUGUUAACCCCUUCUAAAAAACUGAAUCUCG